GGCCACGCGGAGAGGGUGGACGGGAGCAGGGUUGAGGGGACGCGGGAGGCGGAGCCGGCGGUGGCUUAGCUGUGGGGUUUUCUCUUAUUCGUGCCUCCUGCUGGGAGUUAGUCCGGCCCGAAGAGCAGCGGGGGCGCGGUGGGUGAAGACAGUCUUGACCGGAGGUCCCCUGCCCCGGGCGCAGGGACUUGGGGGAGAUUCCGAGAGGCCCCCAUCAGGAGGGAAGUCCCCGUGCACUUCACACACCGAGGGCCGGCUCCCUGUCCUGGCGAGCUGGUGGUCUGAAUCUCGGGGGGGGGGAGGGCGGGGAAGAGCACCCCAGGUCCAGCUGCUUUCCAUCCUCCCUACAUUUGGGUAGGAAGUAGCAUUUCAGAGAAACUGGUUUUUUAGGCAGAAUUCAUCUGGGUGGAGAGAAUGAUAGCUUGCAAGACUCUUUGGUCUUUGAAGAAAUCAUAAUUUUCUUCAUUCCGUGAAUAUCAUAGAAUUUAAGAUACAGGAAGCCAAUACUGGUCAUUUAGUCAAACGGCCACCCCCACCUGCUGCUAGCCCUCUAAAAGGGGAAACAGAUGGGAAGAGCUUGUGAGAAGUUCCUGAGCCAGGCAUUGCAGGACAGGGCCCUUAACCUCCGCCAGAACUCUUGGGUUUAUAAAUGAGAGAGCUCUUCUCAAAGUAUGCAUUUCAUCUUCUCCAAUGAGGUGGUACUUCUGUUUGAUUUCUGGAGUGUCCACAGUCCUGCAGGCAUGGCCCUUUCAGUGCUGGUGGUCCUGCUCCUGGCCGUGUUGUAUGAAAGCAUCAAGGUUGGCAAAGCCAAGCUGCUCUACCAGGCCACAGUGGGCAUGUCCAUCCCCACCAGCCAGCUCACUGAGGAGACAGACCAGGAUUCUUCCAGCUCAGACUCACCUUCGGUCAGCAGAACCCGCCUCAGGUGGUUUUUCUGUCACUUUGGCCAGUCUCUAAUCCAUGUCAUUCAGGUGGUCAUAGGCUACUUCAUGAUGCUGGCUGUCAUGUCGUAUAACACGUGGAUCUUCUUUGGCGUGAUCCUCGGCUCUGCUGUUGGCUACUAUCUAGCCUACCCGCUUCUCAGCAUGGUUUAGCUGGUGAGGGCUAUGCAGGCACUGGGGGCUGGAGAGACCUGGGGCCCCCUCUUGCAGACAUUGAACUUCCAGCCCGUGUCUCCUGUUUCUUCUGAUGGCUGUUUGGCUCCCCUCACUCCCAGCUCCUGGAGACGUCCUGCUGAAGCCAGCACUUGCUGCCUGGAGUUCAGAGGGCCCUGCAGCUACCUCUGUCCUCAGCCAGCCUGCACUGGGCCUGGACAUGAGCUUUUUGUGCCUUAGUAAAGCUGCUGUGACCUGAGGGAGAAUGGAGAGACCAGAACCUGGGGGCAGGGUUGUUGAGCCCAUGAUGACUUAUCUCUGACUCAAAAUUAAGAAUUUCCAAAGAUCUUCAAGACGGGGAGAUGGGUUCUGGGUGACAAAGAGCACGAAAGCUGCAUACCUUCUGCCCUCGUGAUUUGUGCCUUAUAGAGAGGAGCACCUUCAGAGUUCCCGACCUCUUCUGUCUUUGAGGGACGGAGACCAAGGUGGCUCCUUUUUCUCACCUUUCUGCCUCUGGGACACAUAAAGAUGGUCUGUUCUGUGGAUCACGGUGACAAACUAAGAUUUUUCAUUUUUCCCAGUGGACCCCUGGUUCGCAAUUUUGCACAUGAAUACAGAAUUUUUAGCAAAAUGACUUCAUCGGAUUCCUGCUGGAUAGCUGCGUCUGCUGGGAACUGUUUCUCUUUCUUGUGGGGCAUGAUGGCAGAUUCAAGGCCGAGGGGCGGGACUGCUCUCAAGGCCCCUGACCUAUCCUCUGGAUGGUGAGCUGCUCCCAUCAGACAGCACUGCCUGCAGAGGAAGGCAGUCUAGAGGGGCCUGGGGUGCUUUUCAGGACCCCAGUGCUCCCUUUUAUCCUGCUCCUCCUUUUAUGCAGAACAGAGAAUUGUUGGAUAUCCAGUAUUUCGUAUUCUCUAGUUCUUACCUACUGCUCACCCAUCUCAUCUGGUGGGGAGACACGGUUCAUUCACUGAAAAUACUGGGUAAGCCACGGGGAGUGCCGACUGAGGACGCAGUAAGCAGUCAAACCAAAGCAUUACCCGUAGAGUUAGAUGGGACUCUUCAGAUGGUUCACUUGACAGAGAAGCAAACACGAGACCCAGGGAGGGAACAUCACGGCUGGAUACUGGACUGUCUAUGCUCAAGUACCUCACGGGCUAGAUGAAAGACGGUCUUAAGCUUUGGGAAUUAAAAAAGAAAUAGGCGUUUUAAUAAAUAUUAUUUUUAAACAAUCUGUGACCAUUCUUGUGUUUCUGCUCAAACAGCAAGCACAUGCCACCCUUGUAGCCACUGCAGGAGCUGAGGGGGCAAAUGCAGCUGGUAGUGCUGGCCGUAGGGCGGUCCAAGGCCGGAGUCUGUCCAUCUGCUAGGAAGACAACUCCGUGCUCAGGGUAGCCAGCCCUGAAACACUGUGCCCUGAGGCAGACACCCCACAGCCUAGCCUCGCUGGGAGUCGUUCUCACAUUCACACACCGAGUCCCGACUGGGUGCCGCCCGCUGUGAGAAAAACAACUAGCUGCCACGUGGACUGCAAGGCACCUUCUCUCCCUGAGGGCGGCAGCAAAAAUACAUCAAAACCACUUUUUAAUUUGCAGUGAGAACUGUAACAAAGUAGGUGACCCCUUCAGUACUGACCAGUGCAACCUCCCCACCGAAGCAGCAAAUUGGAAGGCUGCUCCGUGGCACGAGGGGGGUGAGGUUUCUCUAGCACAUUCUUGUUGCUGGAGCCUCACGUACCCAGUUAUACAUCCUGAUCAGCUAAGGCUCCCUCCCCUGGGGCACUGCUGACAUGAGCACUUCCAUGGGUGAUCAGCAACCUCUCUGGUUUGAUACAGUGGUAAUACAUGUGGUGAGGGCUUUUAAAAAAAUGUGUGCGCUCCUGUGAAUUGUGUAAGACUGUUGAAUCACAGAUCUGUACUUCUGAAACAAAUAACGCAACAUAUUUUAAGAAAAAAGAAAAAGAAGAUA